AUGUCAGAGCUUGACGAUAUCGACCUCGAUCCUGAAGAUUUCGAGUCCUCAAUCCCACUCAAGAAGGUCCCAUACGGUGACGUUUUCGAGGCUUCCCGUGCCGGCGACGUCGACCGCCUCCGUUACCUGCUCGAUUCCGGGGUCAACGUCAAUGCUCGUGACCAAUGGGACUCCGUUGCUUUGUAUUAUGCCUGCUUGGCAGGCCAUUUAGAUGCCGCCCGAAUGCUUCUAGAGAGCGGCGCUAUCUGCUCCGAGCACACUUUCGAUGGGGACCGCUGUCACUACGCCGCCCUCAAUUUGAAAGUGCGGAAAUUGCUCAAGGCAUUUGAGGCCCGGCCUCCGCCUCUCGGACCCUUACAGGCCUCCUUGAGGGACACCUUCUUGGCCUGCAAAGCGAAUUCGGCUUACUUGGAUCAAUUGAAUUCCCAAUUGCCAACUCCUCUUUUUUCAGGUAAAUCAUUCAAUGGAGGGUUAAGUUCCAACCACUUUCCCCCUGAUGUUGUGUUUUAUGUUCAAGGAAGACCCAUUGAAGCUCAUAGAGUCAUCUUGAGCGCUCGCUCACCAUUCUUCAAGGCUAAAUUUGAGACUGACUGGAAGGAAAAAAAGGAAGUCAGAUUCUCAAGAGAAAAACUGUCAUAUCCAUCUCUUUAUAGCCUUAUCCACUUCUUCUAUUCUGACAGGCUAGAGGUUUCUGUGGAUGACAUGGAAGAUCUUGUAAAAAUUUGCAGAGUUUGCAAGUGCCAGUCAUUACAGACACUUAUCGAGAAAGAAUUGAUUCAUCAAAAGUAUGCAGAGUACAAGGCCCUCAAAGAUAUAGACAACUCUCAGAAGCGAUUUAUCCUGCAGGGCCUCUCCCUUCCAGAGCAAGAUCGUCUUCCUGCAGCAAUGAAUCGGAUCCUUCAAAUCUCUCUUGCCAAUUCCUCCAGAGGACAAAACCUAGAGAAUAGUGUUGAUAAUUUAGUAUCCCUUGUUGGUUCCAUGCAGAUGAGUGGUUUUCAAGAUGAUCUUGCAGAUGUUUACGUGAGGGUUGAUGAGAGGAUAUUUCGUUGCCAUCAAGUUGUUUUAGCAUCAAGAUCUGAAUACUUCAAAGCGAGAUUAUCCCAUAUGAACGAUUUUCUUGAAGGGAGCAAUCUGCUACUUGACUAUACUCUUCCAUGUCUUGAAGAAAAUGAUCUUAGCAUGGAGGCUUUUGAGAAAAUGAUAGAGUAUAUGUAA